AUGUCAAUUUUGCCACUUCAUUUCAAUAUUACAAGAAACCGUCUGGAACGUGUCUACGCAAGUCAUGCUCCAGAGCUCCUUGCGAGUGUGGAUCUAGCUCUUGCAGCCUACGAGGGAAGUGAGGAUGUACUUUUUCGCCUACUUCAAACUAAAUACGGAACGGAGUUGUGUCUCUUUGCCUCAAUAUACUCUUUAGCAGGUGCGCACGCGGACGCCCAGGAGGCGCAAAAGUGUGCUGAGGUACUGGUAGAGUUGAGAAAACUUUGUGCGUCUUCAUCGUACGACGCACAGGCUGCUCGGCUGGAGGUUGGCUUUCCGCGUGAUUAA